UUACUACUACUACGUGUGUCUUCACUGACACUUCCUAGCAUGGACUGCCAUAGCUGGCAUCCAUCCUUCAAUUCUUCAGCAAAAUAUCUGCAACAAUAUACUCAGAAGUUACUGAUAUUGAUGGACUGAUUCCUACCAACGCGGACCUCAAAUGCCAAACGAUGUGGAAAGGCUGAUCCCUUGGGUAUUCAAACAUCAUGAUAUCGCAAAACCUAACUGCACUCGCUUUUGGCCGAAAGAAGACUCGGAGUUCAAGGACUUUUUCUACUACUUUUCCUGUUACCGUGCUGUAUUAAACGAACUUGACCCAGUGCAAAUUCCAUUAUUUCUGAAACCGGACGAGAAAGUCACACUACCGAGGCAAAACUGGGAAACACCCGGAAGAGCACCGCAGUUUCUCCAAUCCCAGGGUAUGAUGUUGAAGGUUUUGAUGCAGACUACAUAUGAUAAUCUCGAAGACCUUGCGGAGAAUCGCCCGGAACUUCACGUUCCUAUAUCCAAUCUUAAGAAAAGUGGCUUGAAGGGCAGACCUCCCAUGACUUUGUAGCCGAAAAUUUGAGUAUCAUGCUGGGACAGCUUGCUGCAAAUAUCAGCCUAGACCAUCAAGACCAGGAAGAAUUUACUCUUGGUCUCUAUGGGUCUUGUAUCUAUAUUUCACGUGGGCUGUUCACGACAACUCAGAUGGUCCAGGUACAUUCCAAGGGUUGUUCAGAGAACGAAGUAUUCCACUUGAGAUCUCGAGAGGCUAUAAUUUAUCUCUGAGGAAAGACUGACUUGAAGCCAUG